AUGAGCCAGCUAAAGUACCAGAUGGUGGCCCAGGUUCACGCCAAGCUCGUCAAGGACGCCGCCCUGCCCUACUCGCCGUUGCGCAAGCUCGUGUGCCAGGCCAACAUGCUUGACCGCUUGUACUUGGAGUACCGCGCCGAGGUGAAGCAGCAGCAGGAGGAGCACGAGAUCGUCGAGCUCGAGCUGCUGCUGGACGAGGAGGGGUUGCUGGCGCUGGCGCUGGAGCUGGAGCUGGACGAUGACAGCGACAGCGACGACGACUACUAUUACGACGAGUAG